AUGGGAUUCACAAUGAAUGUUAUCCUCAAGCAUACUGUUAAGGGACGAUCCAGAUGGGUCGAUCCUGUGGGUGGGCCCCACCACCUGCUUCCGCUGCUCCUACUACUCUUUGUGUCGCACGCCCCGUGGCGUGCGACGGAUUUUUCAUCCCGCCGCGCGCUCGGGGCGUGCGGCGGUUUUCUCCCCGCCGUGCGCACCGAGGCGCACGGCGGUUUCCUACCGUGGGGGACGCCCGCGGCCCCCCGAUCCCGUCGCCCGCGGCCCUCCGAUCCCGACGCCCGCGGCCCCGCGAUCCCGUCGCCCGCGGCCCCCCCCCCCCCCCCCCCCCCCCCCCCCCCCCCCCCCCCCCCCCCCCCCGAUUUCCCGUCGCGCCGCCCUGGGGAGCCGCGCGCGACCCCCCGCGGCCCCGAUUUCCCGUCGUGCCGCCCUGGGGAGCCGCACGCGACCCCCCGCGGCCCCGUUUUCCCGUCGUGCCGCCCUGGGGAGCCGCGCGCGACCCCCCGCGGCCCCGAUUUCCCGUCGUGCCGCCCUGGGGAGCCGCGCGCGACCCCCCGCGGCCCCGAUUUCCCGUCGCGCCGCCCUGGGGAGCCGCGCGCGGCCCCUCGCUGCCCCGUGGUGGCGUCCUGGGGGCCGAGCGCCGUCCCCCUCGCCGUCCCCCGCGCUCCUUCCCCCGUUCCGCCCGUUUUUAGGGUUUGGGGGUGA